UGGUCAUGGUCUCUACUCUCUGCUCAUAGUGAUAGAUAAUAGAUUAUAAAAUUUUGACAUCUAUUAAAUAGUUAAAAAUAAUCACAAUAAUAUCUUUAAAAUAUAAUUUCGUGUGCACUGUUUUUGUUUGAGGAGAAACCGAAUCCUUAUUAGAGAUUAGGCCGUUCUUUAGUCUUACAUUGAUCACAAUUCAUACUUGAUACGACUAAUAUUAAACAGUUUCAAUAUGGCUGAGCUUGCUGCAUUACUACAAACAGAGAUUCCUGAAGGACGAAAUCACCUUACAGAUAGUCAUACGAAUCUCGAAAGAGUGGCAGAAUACUGCGAAGCAAAUUAUUUCCAGUCUGAAAACAAACGAUUAGCACUCGAAAGUACUAAGAAUUAUACUACUCAGUCUUUGGCAAGUGUUGCAUACCAAAUCAACACUCUUGCAUAUAACUUUUUACAAUUGUUGGAGCUACAAACCAUGCAGUUGGCGGAAAUGGAGGGACAAAUGAACCACAUUGCUCAGACUGUUGCUAUACACAAGGAAAAGGUUGCUCGCAGAGAAAUUGGAGUUCUUACUGCUAAUAAAGUAACUAACAGGCAAUAUAAAAUAAUCGCACCAGCUAAUCCUGAAAAGCCUAUAAAGUAUGUAAGGAAGAGUAUUGAUUAUACAGCUCUGGAUGAUAUUGGUCAUGGUGCUCGUUGGAACAGUAAUGCCAGUGGAACCCCUCGUGGACGUAGGUCGAGCUCAGUGCCUGGGGCUGCACCUCUUCCGGCCCCAACUACAAAACCUCCCACACCUCCAGCUGCUGUGCGUUCUGCCUCAGCAUCCAAUACUGGCACUUUAGGACGUGGUACACUUGGCAAGUCAUCACGUGAGUACCGUACACCUCCUGCUGUGGCUCCCCCUCAGGUGCCAUCACAUUAUGCACCUAACUACCCUCGACGCCCUCCUGGCUACUCCACCUUACCUGUAGCACAACCUCAGGUUGGUAUGGUACAUCCAACUCAACAUCAGUCUCCUAACAACUAUUCUCAACAAGAUCUGCAUGCAAGUAUGCCACCCCCUCCAUCACCUUUGAUUGGAUCUGAUGGAGAACACAGCCAGCAUUCUAUGAGCCUUCCUGGUCAGCGUGCGUCUUCAUCUUCGGCGGGUGGGUCGAUCCGCGGUGGUUCGGUCUCUCCUCCCCUCCCGCCGCCCCCCAUGGACGACGAACUGGCGCACGACGGGUUCGGAAGACAACAGCACGUGCAUAACAAGAUGGGUCCAUACAGUGGAGCAGUGCCGGCCAUAGUACCAGAUGAAGAAGACUUGCCCGGGUGGGUGCCCAAGAACUACAUUGAGAAAGUUGUGGCAAUAUAUGACUACUAUGCCGACAAAGAGGAUGAACUGUCAUUCCAAGAGAGUUCUGUUAUCUAUGUUCUGAAAAAGAAUGAUGAUGGAUGGUGGGAAGGUGUUAUGGAUGGAGUCACUGGGCUCUUCCCUGGUAAUUAUGUUGAACCCUGCGUGUAAUUAAAAAAUGUAUGUUAUUAUCAUCCUAAAUUGCUGAUAUCUAACUUAUUUAUGGCCCACAAUCUGUCACAGACUAUCAAAAUUUGGCUUAAAAAUAUUACAUUUAUUGCAUUUUGUGGAGCUAAAACAUUAAAAAUUUACACAGCUGUCAAAACGCUUGUUUGUACAAGACGGCAUCAAGUAACAACUUAGUAGUUACAAAGUGGGGAGCAAAGGAAUCCAAUGAAAUAUUAUUUAAGUAUUAUAAAAAUGCCAACAGAGCUUUUGUAAUAAACUGCAAUGGUUUUGAAAAACUUUUUUGUAUUGUCUCUCAAUCGAAUGUUUCAAGUGUUUAAAAAGCCAAUAUUUAAAGCUGUUGAUUUAGUGGUCCCUGUGUAGGAAAUGCCACGAAAUCACUCAUUAAAACAGCAAAAUAUAGAACGCGUGUAAUACGAGUGAAGUCUGGUAUUAGUACCAUAUUUCCAAUUAAAGAUUUUUAUUAUUAUUCCUAAGUAAUUGUAUUCUUGAUUAAAAUUAGACAAUUAUAGUUUAAUAAUUAGAAUUUAUGUUGUUGGAUUAUGUAAUACAUAUAUAAUAUUCGUAAUUUAUCUGUAUUUUGUAAGCCAAAGGAGUAACAUUAAUAGCAUUCCAUUAAUUUUGAUGUUUGGAAUGAUUUAUUUUAAGGUAUUAACUGAUAGAGUUAAGCGAUUUAGAUUUAAUAGUUCAAGUCAUAUCUUGCCGGAGCAUAACACAUUUACAUGUUUUAUAUUAAGGGGUUUUCACGUUUUUCUUUGUAACCCAUUAUUUUUUAUGUAAUAUAUAUUUUAGAAUAUUGAUAAAAAGGUAAAUUUCCGAGGUUUGUCAGAUUCAUUUUUUUUUAACAAGCCUGAAUGUCCGUAAUAAUGGAUAGUUUUCUAUACUCUAAAAUUUUGGCGCCAUUUUACGAUAUUACGCUUCGAUAUUAUAAAACUCGUGUUUUGUCGCAUUUAAGUGUAGUAUACACUCUAAUGCGACAUAUAAAAUUUACUAUUUUCAUUAAUUAUAUAAUUAGGGAUGCCGCCGAUACCGAUAUAUUGGCGAUACUUAGGCUUUGCCGAUUUAUCGGUAUCGAUAUUUUAAUUGCCGAUACAACGAUACUUUUCAGAUUUCGCGCUUUAAAAAAAUAAUGUAAACGCGUAUUCCAUUCCGCUAGACACUUAGUAUUUUAAAUGCUAUCGCGUAGUAUUUUUUCGAUACCAACUUAAAUAAAAUACAGAAUUACAAAAAUUUUAAUCUUAACAGUUAUUUAUUUUAUUCUUAAACUCUUAAUGUUAUUCAAAGUUUGUGACUGAUUAUAUUUUAUAACAAAAAUUUGAAAAACUUUAACUAAACUUGAUAUAUUUUACCAUAAUGUAAUUUUAAUUCAAUAAGCGUUGGUAUAGGCGAUAUGUCUAUAAGAGUAUCGGCAUCGGUAAAAAGGCUUAGUGACGCAUCCCUAUAUAUAAUAUAUUGGACAAAUAGCGAUGCCUUAGCUUUUUAAGUUUAAAGUUAUAAAUAUUAAGAUUUUAUUUAGGUUAUGUUAAUUUAAUACAACAAUUUUCAUACUCCAAGUAUUGUAUUUUAGGAUAGACUCUUACAUCUAUGGUUAUGAACUAAUUUACAAAAUAAAAUUAUUAUUAUC